AUGGCGCUGCAGCCGGAUGGCGACUUCUUCCAAAGCCUUCCCGAGGCAUUUCUUCUGGAAGUGUUCCACAGGCUGCGAGAUGCUGAGACUGUGAUGCUGGUCCGGCAGUGCUGCAGAAAAGCACGGGCGCUUGCGAGAUUGGUGGAGUCUUUAGAUCUUCACAGCGUGGUUCCGGGGGACAGACCGGAAUGCAGGAUGCUGCGUAUUGCCAAGCUCGCUUGCAACAUCAAAAACCUGAGGCUGGUUGUCUACAACUCUGAUAUUGACAAGCCACCUCUUUCAAUUGUGUUUUUGCUGAGCCUUCUAGAGCAUCUUCCGAAAAGAGCAAUCAGUGACUGGGUUGGGCCUGACCUCGAUUGUCCACCUGCCGGCCUGACUUAUCUGGAGCUGUCGUCGGCAGGAACAUUCGUCACAUUUCCAGACUGUGUCCGCAUUCUUGACAAAUCGCGUAACCUCAAGUAUCUGCGCCUGCAAAGGUGCUCGCAUGUCCACCCGAAUGGAGAGGCCGCUAACAUAGCACCACUCAUUGCCAGUCUGCAGUACCUGCGGGUUCUAGAGCUCGAUGAUGAUCCUCUGGUGGACGCGUUGUUUGCCCUUCAUAAUGGGUACAAUAUAGAAGGGUUGUCAGCCAGCCUGUUGCCUGAGCUCAGGGAGCUGGUUGUCAGAGUACAGGCAAUAGUCAGGCAACCCGUCGACCGGCUUUUGAGGUUCUUGAUUCGGCUGAGGAAACUAAAAAGCUUUGUGUUGAGAGGCAAGAGGUGGAGCUCUGAUCAGGAGCCUUCCUGGAAGGAGACGCUGGGGCCACUCCUUGCCAUCCAGCGAACCCUGCCAAGAAUCGAGUUGCGCACGGAUGGUCCAGUCUACUGGCCCAAGUUCGAUUGAGUACACGGUUGUCUCCAACAUGACCUGGACAUCCUAAGUGGCAUAGAAGCCUGUUUACCUUUCGGCGACUGCAUAAUGACGUUGUCGUUGUUGCUGGUCCCCUCCAGAAACUGCAGCUACCAUAUACCAACGAUGUCAUCCCAACGGGUAUAACCAUGCUUACCUGUUCACCAGAGAUGAUCCUCAAUUUCGAUCAAGAUGUCUGCUCUCUCAAGCUGAGAAAGAGGAAGUAAGGUUGCACUUCUCAGGCGCUUGACCCGCUUUGCUGU